AUGGCACCCGCUGGCUCCAUCCCGGCCCUGCUGUGCUGCUGCUGCUGCUGCUGGCUGUUCCCGCAGCCGGGCCUGGCCUUCUGGGCCUCCCAGGUGAGCCGGAACUGCGACAAUGGCAGCUACCAGCUGAGCGUGCUGAUGAUGAACAACUCGGCCUUCCCCGAGUCCCACGGCAACCUGGAGGCCGCCGUGAACCUGGGCCUGGACAUCGUGCGGACGCGCCUACAGCAGGCCGGCAUCCGUGUGGUCGUGAACGCCUCGUUCAUCUACUCCGACGGGCUCAUCCAAAACUCGGGGGACUGCCGCAGUAGCACCUGCGAAGGCCUAGACCUUCUCCGCACCAUCACCAGGAAAAACAACAUGGGCUGUGUCCUGAUGGGACCUUCGUGCACGUACGCCACCUACCAGAUGUACCUGGACACGCAGCUGAGCUACCCCAUGCUGUCGGCGGGCAGCUUCGGCCUGUCCUGUGACUACAAGGAGACGCUGACGCGCCUCAUGGCGCCCGCCAGGAAGCUGCUCUACUUCCUCGUGGACUUCUGGAAGGCCAGCGACCUGCCCUUCAAGCCCUUCUCCUGGAACUCCUCCUACGUCUACAAAGACGGCGCCGAGCCCUCCGAGGACUGCUUCUGGUACCUCAACGCGCUGGAGGCCGGCGUCUCCUACUUCUCUCAGGUGCUCAACUUCAAAGAGACCCUGAGGCGUCAGGACCAGUUCCAAGAGUUCUUAGCCAACCAGCACAGGAAGAGCAAUGUGAUUGUCACCUGUGGAAGCCCAGAAAACAUCAGCACGCUGAUAGGAAACCAGGCGGUGGACGGGAACACCGUCAUCAUCCUGGUGGAUUUGUUCAACGACCAUUACUUCGACGACGCCGCCACAGCCCCUGACUACAUGAACAACGUCCUGGUCCUGACCCUGGCUCCAGGAGAGUCCAUCGUGAACUCCUCCGCCUUCUCCAGGGGGUUACUGCCGGGGAAACAGGACUUCGCGUUCGCCUACCUGGACGGCACCCUGCUGUUCGGGCACAUGCUGCAGAUCUUUCUGGAAAGUGGAGAAGCCAUCACCACGUCGGGAUUCUCACACGCCUUCCGGAACCUGACCUUCCAAGGCCACGCGGGCCCCGUGACCUUGGACGACUGGGGUGACAUUGACAACACCAUGGCCCUCCUGUACACCUCGGUAGACACCCGGAAGUACAAGCUCCUCCUCACCUACGACACGCACCUGAACCGCACGCAGGCCAAGGACACCAGCCCCUCGUUCAUCUGGAAGAACCACCGGCUCCCCAAUGAUGUCCCGGGCCUGGGCCCCCAGGUGCUGCUGAUCGCCGUGUUCACCCUCACGGGGACUGUGGUGCUGCUACUGCUCAUCGCGCUGCUGGUGCUCAGGAAAUACCAGAGGGACAACGAGCUUCGCCAGAAGAAAUGGUCGCACAUCCCCUCCGACUGCAUCCUGCCCCUGGAGACCAACGAGGCCGGCCCCGUGAGCCUCAAGAUCGACGAGGACAAGAGGAGGGACGCCAUGCAGAGACUGCCCCAGUGGAAAUACGACAAAAAGAGGGUCAUCCUCAAGGACCUGAAGCACAGCGACGGAGACUUCACGGAGAAGCAGAAGAUCGAGCUCAACAAGCUGCUGCAGUCCGACUACUACAACCUCACCAAGUUCUACGGCACCACCAGGCUGGACGCCAGGGUCUUCGCGGUGAUCGAGUGCUGUGAACGGGGCUCGCUGCGGGAGGUGUUGAACGACACCAUCUCCUACCCCGACGGCACCUUCAUGGACUGGGAGUUCAAGAUCUCCGUCCUGUACGACAUUGCCAAGGGGAUGUCCUACCUGCAUGCCAGCAAGAUCGAGGUCCACGGCCGCCUCAAGUCCACCAACUGCGUGGUGGACAGCCGCAUGGUGGUGAAGAUCACGGACUUCGGCUGCAACUCCAUCCUGCCGCCCAGGAAAGAUCUGUGGACGGCACCCGAGCACCUGCGUGGGGGCGCGUUGUCGCAGAAGGGGGACGCAUACAGCUUCGGGGUGGUGGGGCAGGAGAUCGUGCUGCGCAAGGAGACCUUCCACACCCUCAGCUGCCGGAGCCAAUCAGAGAAGAUUUUCCGCGUGGAGAAUUACGAUGGAGUGAGACCCUUCCGCCCGGACCUGUUUCUGGAAACAGCCGAGGAAAAUGAGCUGGAGGUGUAUCUGCUGAUAAAAAGCUGCUGGGAAGGACCGGAAAGGAGACCAGACUUCAAGAAAAUCGAGAGCACGCUCGCCAAGAUAUUUGGGCUGUUUCACGACCAGAAGAACGAGUCGUACAUGGACACGCUCAUCCGGCGCCUGCAGCUGUACUCGCACCUGGAGCACCUGGUGGAGGAGAGGACGCAGCUGUACAAGGCGGAGAGGGACCGCGCCGACCAGCUCAACUUCAUGCUGCUCCCCAGGCUGGUGGUGCAGUCUCUGAAGGAGAAGGGCGUGGUGGAGCCCGAGCUGUACGAGGAGGUGACGGUGUACUUCAGCGACAUCGUGGGCUUCACCACCAUCUGCAAGUACAGCACGCCCAUGGAGGUGGUGGACAUGCUCAACCACAUGUACCGCAGCUUCGACCACAUCGUGGACCGCCACGACGUCUACAAGGUAGAAACCAUCGGUGACGCGUACGUGGUAGCGAGUGGCCUGCCCCAGAGAAAUGGCAACCGGCACGCCGUGGACAUCGCCAAGAUGGCGCUGGAUAUCCUCAGCUUCAUGGGGACCUUCGAGCUGGAGCACCUCCCGGGCCUGCCCGUCUGGAUUCGCAUCGGUGUCCACUCGGGCCCCUGUGCGGCUGGAGUGGUGGGAAUCAAGAUGCCCCGCUACUGUUUAUUUGGAGACACCGUCAACACAGCCUCUAGGAUGGAGUCCACGGGCCUGCCCCUGAGGAUUCAUAUGAGCAGCUCCACCGUAGCCAUCUUGAGGAGAACCCAGUUCCAGUUCCUGUACGAAGAGAGAGGGGAGACGUACUUAAAGGGACGAGGGACGGAGACCACCUACUGGCUGACGGGAAUGAAGGACCAAGACUACCACCUGCCACCCCCUCCCACUGUAGAGAACCAGCAGCGCUUGCAGGCCGAGUUCUCCAACAUGAUCGUGAGCGCACUGCAGCGACACCCCCGGCCCGCGGCCAGCUACCAGACGGGCAGCCUGGAAUACCUGCACCUCAACACCCCGGACCCCGACGACACCUAUUUCUAA